AUGAAUCCCUUCUCCUCCGGUACGCGUCUAAGGGACAUGAUACGGGCAAUACGGGCUUGCAAAACGGCGGCGGAGGAAAGAGCUGUUGUGAGAAAAGAAUGUGCUGCAAUUCGCACGUCGAUUAAUGAAAAUGAUCAAGAUUAUAGACACCGGAAUUUGGCAAAGCUUAUGUUUAUUCAUAUGCUUGGCUACCCAACACAUUUUGGUCAAAUGGAGUGCUUAAAGUUGAUUGCUUCCGCUGGAUUUCCUGAGAAGAGGAUCGGAUAUCUUGGGCUCAUGUUGCUUCUUGAUGAAAGACAAGAAUAUAUUGUGGGACUUGCACUUUGUGCUUUGGGCAAUAUUUGUUCAGCAGAAAUGGCUCGCGAUCUUGCACCAGAAGUGGAAAGAUUGCUGCAAUUUCGGGAUCCGAAUAUUCGGAAAAAAGCAGCAUUAUGCUCUAUACGGAUUAUUAAGAAAGUCCCAGAUCUGGCAGAAAAUUUCAUAAAUCCUGCUGCUGCCUUACUUAAAGAGAAGCAUCAUGGAGUCUUAAUAACGGGGAUUCAACUUUGUACAGAUCUAUGUAAAGUCAGUCCAGAAGCCCUCGAGUUUUAUAGAAAGAAACACACCGAAGGGUUGGUCCGAACAUUAAAGGAUGCUGUGAACAGUCCAUAUUUACCAGAAUAUGACAUUGCCGGUAUUGCAGACCCUUUUCUCCAUAUCAGAUUGCUUAAACUUUUGCGUGCGUUAGGCCAUGGGGAUGCUGAUACUAGUGAUGCUAUGAAUGACAUACUUGCACAGGUGGCAACAAAAACUGAGUCAAACAAAAAUGCUGGAAAUGCUAUUCUAUAUGAAUGUGUUGAAACUAUUAUGAGCAUUGAAGAUAAUGGCGGCUUACGAGCUAUUACUGUAGAUGCUCAAGCUGUACAAAGGCAUCGUGCAACAAUCUUGGAAUGUGUAAAGGAUUCAGAUGCUUCAAUCCGCAAAAGGGCCCUUGAACUUGUUUACCUUCUGGUGAAUGAGACCAAUGUAAAGGCUUUAACAAAAGAGCUAAUUGAUUAUCUGGAAGUAAGUGAUCAAGAAUUUAAAGGGGAUCUUACUGCCAAAAUUUGCUCCAUUGUUGAAAAGUUCUCCCCUGAGAAAAUUUGGUACAUUGAUCAGAUGCUCAAGGUUCUUACUGAGGCUGGAAACUUUGUAAAAGAUGAAGUAUGGCAUUCCCUUAUAGUUGUGAUAAGCAAUGCUUCUGACCUUCAUGGAUAUACAGUCAGGGCAUUAUACAAAGCUUUCCAAACAUCAGCUGAACAGGAAAGCCUUGUUCGUGUGGCAGUUUGGUGCAUUGGAGAAUAUGGUGACAUGUUGAUAAAAAAUGUCGGCAUGCUGGCCAUAGAGGAUCCCAUAACCGUUACAGAGUCUGACAUUGUGGAUGUUGUCGAGAUUGCUAUAAAGCGUCAUGCCUCAGACCUCACUACUAAAGCAAUGGCUUUGAUUGCUCUCUUAAAGCUUUCUUCCCGUUUUCCAUCUUGUUCUGCGAGGAUCAAGGAUGUAAUUGUUCAACAUAAAGGCAGCCUUGUGCUUGAAUUGCAGCAAAGAUCCCUUGAAUUUAAUUCCAUCAUUGAGAAGCAUCAGAAUAUAAGACCUGCUCUGGUUGAAAGGAUGCCAAUUUUGGAUGAGGCUACUUUCAGUUCAAGGAGGGCUGGUUCUUUGCCGGCAGCUGUUUCAACUUCUGGUGGGGCUUCCCUUAAUCUUCCAAAUGGAGUUGCCAAGCCCUCCGCAGCUCCUCUUGUAGAUUUACUUGAUCUUUCAGAUGAUCUUCCAGCAGCACCCAGCACUUCUGGUGGCGAUUUUCUUCAGGAUCUUCUAGGUGUUGAUUUGACACCAGCUCCAACACAGUCAGGCGCAGACCAGGUUCAAAAGGCUGGAACAGAUGUUCUACUGGAUCUUUUGUCAAUUGGAGCACCUCCUGUACAAAGCAGCUCAUCUACUACUCACAUUUUAUCACCCACUCAGAAUGAUAAAUCACCAAUAGCCACAUUAGAUGCUCUCUCAUCACCGUCUUCUCUUUCUGCACAAGCAACAACUUCUGCUAGUGCUGCACCAAUGAUGGAUUUCCUGGAUGGGUUUGGUCCCAGCCCAUCAAAGCCUGAGGAUAAUGGUUCAGUUUAUCCGCCAUUGGUUGCAUUUGAGAGCAGCUCCUUGAGAAUAACAUUCAACUUCUCAAAGCAACCGGGAAAUCUGCAAACAACCAUAGUCCAGGCGACUUUCACAAACUUGACACCUAAUGUGUUUACAGAUUUUAUAUUUCAAGCGGCAGUUCCAAAGUUUCUUCAACUGCACUUAGACCCAGCUAGCAGCAAUAUUCUACCUGCAAGUGGUAAUGGAUCCAUCAUGCAAAAUUUGAGGGUUACUAAUAGCCAACAUGGGAAGAAAUCCCUCGUGAUGCGCACUAGGAUAUCAUACAAGAUCAACAACAAAGAUACAUUGGAGGAAGGACAAAUCAACAAUUUCCCUCGGGAUUUGUGA